UGAUUACGUAAUCAUUAUUCAAAACUAUUAUCAGUUAGGAAAACAGUAUAAAUUGUAGUGGACAAAUGACCUGUCUUCAGUUCUUUGAGGAGUGUACUUCAACAUGGCGCAACAAGUUAUAGCCUUUUACAAUGGUUUUAAAUAUCCUAUAUUGGGUUUGGGCACUUGGAAGUCUACACCUGAUCAAGUAACCCAAGCUGUAAAAGAUGCUAUUGAUAUUGGAUACCGUCAUUUUGACUGUGCUGCGAUAUAUCGGAACGAAAAAAAUGUAGGGAAGGGAAUCGCGGCGAAAAUUAAGGAAGGUGUUAUCAAACGCGAGGAUAUUUUCGUAACUAGUAAAUUAUGGAAUACAAAACACCGACCUGAACAAGUUGAACCUGCCUUGAGAAAGACCUUGAAUGAUCUUGGUCUUGAAACACUUGAUCUUUAUUUGAUGCAUUCACCAAUGGCUUUCAAAGAUACUGGUGAUCUUGAUGAUAUUUUCCCACAAGAUGCCGAUGGUAAUAUACUCACUGAAGAUACAGAUUAUUUAGAUACAUGGCAUGCCAUGGAACAUCUGGUAAAGAAGGGCCUUGUGAAGAAUAUCGGUGUUAGUAAUUUUAAUUCUGAGCAGAUUGAACGACUCAUAAAAAACAGUGAAACAAAACCAGUGACAAAUCAAGUGGAAUGCCAUCCUUAUUUAAACCAGAUAAAACUUACUGAAUUCUGUAAGACCAGGGGUAUCACGAUCACUGCUUAUAGUUCUUUUGGUGCACCAGAUAGGCCAGAUGUUUCCCCUGAUGAACCACGAGUUUUGGAAGACCCUACAAUCAAAGAACUUGCUGAUAAAUAUAAAAAAUCUCCUGCACAGAUUAUAUUGCGACAUCAGAUACAACUUGAACACAUAGUGAUUCCCAAGUCAGUUACGAAAUCGAGAAUGCAAGAGAAUUUUAACAUUUUUGACUUUGAACUAAGCCCUCAGGAUAUGAAUACAAUGAAUAAUUUAAAUCGCAAUUUUAGAUUCAUUGAUAGAUUCAACCUUGGAAAACACAAGUACUUUCCUUUCCAUAUAGAGUUCUAAAAUCAUUAUAUGUUUAAAAAAGAAUAUGAUGAAAUAUAGAUUAUGACCUGACAAAUAUGUCCAUUCUUCUCAAGCCUGGUGUAAUUAUGAUUAAUUACAUUGACAUGCAGAGAAUUCAUCAGUAUCUUCACAGCCACAAGAACAGCAUUCACAGAAUUCAUCGUCAGUAUUAUUGUCUUCAGCAUUCAGAUCUUCAGGAUGCAGUUGUGAAGCUAAGGGUUGGUAACUUUCCAGUAAGUCCAAUGCAUCACUACAAUUGCAUUCUACCCCUGACAAUCCUCUAGCACACUUUCCUUUAUAAUUACAUCUGCAGUUAUUUAAUGGUUGAAAACAGUUCUUGUAGGACAUUGAAGGACAAAUUUCACCAGGACUACUAAGAUUGCAUGUUGGAAUAUACAAUUUACAUGUUUUUUGAAUACCUGUACAAUUGAAUUAAUGAUAAUUAAUAAAAGUUGCAUUUAAGUAUA